AUGGGGAAGGCCCAGACGGACGCUUGUGCGUUGGACACCAGCGCUCAGACCGUUGGACCGCUCGCGAUGCGCGUUUGCGUUGUGGAGGGCAGCGGCAACUACAAGAAGGGUGUCCAAAACUGUCCGACAUUGGAGCGAAAGUCGAACCUACGGUGCGUGUACGGACUGGACCGGUUAGACUGCCUGCGGAAGGUGCAUAAGGGCAACGCAGAUUUUGCCGCCUUCUAUCCGGAAGACUUGCUCGCGGCCCGCUGGUCCGGUGUCGACAUUCUCGUAACGAGCGAGCUUCGCUUCCAUAAAGAACACUUCGAGUACCAAAUUGUGGUGGUCGUGGACAAUGAGGCUGAAAUUAAUACCGCACGGGAGCUGCGCGGCAGCAAGUUCUGUCACCCCGGGCACGGCCUCAAGAACCACUGGACGGAAGUGUUGGCCGAUUACUUCGAGAAGAGACUGACGCCACGCGAAUGUGAGGCCGAUCUGUCGCCGGUCGAAUCGAGACUCAAGUCCGUUUCAUCCUUCUUCGGCCCCUCAUGUCGGGCCGGCCCUUGGGUACCGGAUCCAGAAGAAGACCGCCGAUUAAAAAUCAAAUAUCCGUCCCUGUGCCAGUUGUGCUACAAUUCUUACCAGUGCGGCAUCGGUGACAAACACUGGGGCCGCCGAGGACCACUCUACUGCCUGACGAGUGGGGCCGGUGAAGUGGCCUGGGCGAGGCUGGAUGAUGUGCAGAGCCACUUCGGGUUCGGCGGACUGCCGGCGGAAGCCAACUCGUCAGAGUACAGUUUCCUCUGUUCCGAUGGUCACCUACAGCCACUGAACACGAGAAAACCGUGCGUUUGGGUUUCGAAACCCUGGCCAGCGAUUGCGGCACGAUCAAAAGUUGCCAUGCAAGUACAAGACUUGGUGGCGAAUCUAUCGCACGAUGACGUCAACAGUUGGCAGAAUGCGUUGCUGAUGGUACUGGAAACGUACCACGUCAAUGUGACCACACUGGACAGUGUUAUCACCGUGGAUGACUAUUUGGAUCAGGCGGUCGGGUUCCAGAAUGCGUACAACAAUCCGGGCUGCAAUCCGAGCCGAUCGAUAGUCUUCUGCACCAAGUCCCUGCUGGAGCUAUCGAAGUGUUCCUGGCUCCAGGAGGUGGCCAGUGUGUACGGUGUGGAGCCUGGGUUGCAGUGCAUUCGCGCGGAAAGCUUGGACCACUGUAUGGCCAAGGUACACUCCAAGGACGCCGAUGCGCUGAUCGUCGAUCAGGACAAUGCGCUGCGUGCCAACCGGGACUAUGGACUGCGGCCGAUACUGUACGAACACUCAUCCAAUGCCCUGCACAAGUACAUGAUCGUUGCCGUCGUUACUCGAAGCAUCCCAUUGAGGUCGGGUUAUGAUUUAAGAAACCGUAAGGCAUGCUUCCCGAGGUACGAAGGAGCCGCGCACCUGGCUGUGGUGACGUCACUUCAAAACCACUCGAUCGGGGACGUGCAAAACUUCUUCUCCGAUAGUUCCUGCAACUGGAAGCGCAACAGCCACUGUGGGUUGCGGUACGAUGGUGAGGACGGUGCCUUGCGCUGUUUGCAGGAAGGUGUCGGAGACGUGGCAUUUGUGAACUACGAUACGUUUAAGGCGUUGAAAGGUGUCAACGCAUCAAACGCACAAGACAUGACAAUAUUUUGUCCGUUCAAUCGACCGGUGAAGCAUCACGCUCUGUGCUACCUUGGCUGGACGGCGAUGGGAAGGAUAAUGGUGAACAACGAGACGGUCGCACGGCGGGAGAGAGAAAUCUACAACGCCCUCAAGGACAUCGACAAACUGUUUGGUCGCAAGAACGGCUACAAAGCGGAAGCGUUCAAUCUGUACGGUCCCUUCGAUGGUCGCAAUGAUGUGCUGUUCAAAGACGGCACGGAGAGCCUUCGGAGUGGCCAGGAAAUGUUGCGGGACAAGAGUGAUGGAUUCUUCGAGCCAGCGAACAUCGGGCAGGAACUCAGCUCCUCCUUCUGCCCGACGGCAGCCAACAACCGAUUGCUCGCCAUCGUGGUCUCUUUGGCAUUGGCACAGUUUUGGCGCGAAAGAUGA